AUGGAGGGAGAACUGUCAGAUAUAUUACAGAAGUUUUCCCUAGAAGGGAAUGAGUUGGUAGGACUCACGCUGGAGGGGGAAGACUUUCAAACUGGUGUGAGAGCUUGUGAAAACAGUAUCAUUGGGAGAGUCUUAGGAGAAAAAUUUAACUUACACAACUCUGAAGAUAAAGAUAGAAUAGUGGAGGGAGGGCCUUGGGUUAUAGAUAAUCAGAUGCUAGUCCUAAGAAGAUGGGUUGAAGGCAUUGAAGAUGACUAUAAAGCCUUUGUGACGGCACCUCUUUGGGUGCAGCUCUGGAAUCUGCCUGUCCAUUGGCUGUCUAGGGAGAUUGGAAGAAAGAUAGGAGGUGUGUUUAAGGAAGUUAGAGAGGUCGUUAUCCCUCAGGCGGGGGGAAAAGAGGGUAGGCAUAUGAAGGUCCUUGUCAUGGUCGACCUAUCAAAACCUCUGCUUAGAGGUACUGUGGUCAGAAUAGCAGGAACUGGCAAAUGGAUAGCUUUCAAAUAUGAAAGGUGUCCUGAUUUCUGUUAUAAUUGCGGAAUUGUGGGGCAUAGUGAAAGGUCUUGCAAUGUAAGGAGAUUGCUAGGAGGGAGCACUGAUGAGAAUCAGUACGGUCCCUGGAUGAGAGCAGGAAAUUUUAGGAUCUCUCCUCAGAAAAAAAAUGCUAGGGCCUCCGAGCAUAGUGAUAGACGUUACUGGGUCUUUAGGAAGGGGGAGCUGGUCGAACAGAAGAAAAAUAAUAUGUCUAGAAGUCAGAGUUUGCUGGAGGUCCUCAAGGCCUCUGGUAGUGGGGGAUGUAGCAACCAGGAAUGUGACAAAGCAGGUGAGGAAGAUAGAAUGGAGGGGUUGGGGGGAUCUUCUACUAAUGAGGAGUCUCUCAAGGUAGUCUUUCAUAGUAGGAAGGAGGAUCAGGUGAUAGAUGAAAAGGAGGAAGUAGCUUUCCCUCAGGUUAAUAGAGUAGGGGAAGACCUCCAGCUUCCUCACGUAGAGGAAGAGAUGGAGGAAGAUGUAGUGGAAGUAGUGCACAAUCACAUACAGGAGGCUAGGGUACUAGAGGAAAACGCAGAGCUUGUAGUGUUUAGCCAGGAAACUCUUGGUGAAAAUAAGAUGAUGGGGUUACUGGACAGACAGUCAAGGAGAUCUUUUCGAAAGUUAAAGACUCCAGUUAGAAACAGAAGGCCUUUGCAGAAGAUACAAGGUAAUGAUAAUAUUCAGGUGAAUGCGGGGAAGAGGAAGAUCCAGGUUAGUGAUGAAGUGAUGGAGGAAGCAUGCCAGGAUAUGUGUCAGUGGAAAAAAACCAAGCAUCUGGUGGAGCUGUAUCCUGAGGGAGCUACGGAAAAGGAGGAGAGGUCCUUCCUAAAAGGGACCUCCAGGUGUCAAUGA